AUGCUUCUGGCGGAUACGGUGUACGGCGGGCCAGUCCUUGUUUCGGGCGAAACCUUCAGCCCAUACGAUUGCCAAAUAUGGUGCACAGACACAGACCCUUGCGAUUUCUGGACGAGGCAAGCAGGCACAGCAGGAGGCAAACGCACAUGCCAUUUGAUGACAGAAGAAGCAUUCGGCACUGCGUCGCGCUUCGUGGGGGCUGUUUCCGGACCUCGAGGAUGGUGCGAGAAUCAAGAACCUACCGAUGAUGCAGAGGUGAAGACACUUGAAAUGCAUACACAAAGACGCCGUUCUCAGAACACGCGUGAUACAUAA